AUGCGCGGAGGGGCACGACAUGCAGCCGCCGUCACUGCCGCGUUGCCGUGCUCGCAGUCCGCAAGUCAUUCCAUGGUCAGCUCGCCUCACUCAGCGACCGUGACGACCUCGGGCGGUGUGUUUGGAGGCAACUCACCGGCAACUGCAUCCCCCUCAUCUGGAUGCCGACAGCAGCGGCUAUCGCGCGGUAGUCUCAGUGAGGCUUGUCCUUCACCAACGCCCUCCGUGUCCUACACAUCACAACAGCAGCAGCAGCGGUCGCAAAGGCAGAUGAAGAAGGGCCGCCAUCAUCACCGCGUCGGUGGCGGUCGAAGAGAAGCGCAGCGAAGACGACUUCCCGCCUCAAGUGCGUCCGACGCAGCGAUGUCGAAGCCAAAGGUGCCACCUCCUUCUUUUCCUGGGCGUCGCAGCAGCAGCAGCGGAAGCAGCGGCGGCGAUGACAUCGCCGCAGGAAUGUGCACAGUCGAGGAUAUAGUAAAGAGCGCAGUCGACCCACAAGCGCAGUUCACCAUGUCAUCCAAUGCAAGUCACACCACCACCAUCACCACUGACGAUGACGACGGCAAUGAACCGGACUCUUCGUGCUCGCCUCUGCCGCGCCAGCAGCAGCAACAGCAACGGCCGCCUGAUCAGAGUAGACGCACGAAGGGCAACCGAGACUCCAAGCCGCGCAUAGCACGAGGCUGGGCGAACACGCGACGGUGGGAAAACCUACCGCAGAAGCAGCGGAAGCAGCGCAGGCAUCUGCAGUCACGACAGGAUCGUCACCGCAUAGCUGCGAAAAGUAGCGAGGCCUCUGUCGAGGCCGGUGCCACCGCGCACAACGUAGCCAACGAAGAGGACGCAGUAGCUGGCAACAUGCAAGGAUCCGCUGCAGCACCGGAGGAGGAAGAGGUGACGGUCUCGUGUAAACCGCGCAACGGCAGGGGCUUUGCUUCUCCACCAGCGACAACGGCAGGGGCAGCGGCCGAAGAGACCCUGGAAAACGAGGAGCUUCUGCCUGCUGCUGCCACUCGACAAGUACCAGGCCGAUCCGCAAAGAACGCGAUGGCGACGCCAUCACGGCGGCCUGCAGUCACGGAGGGCGGCGGCCGCUCUCGACACCGUCGCCGCCUCAGCCCAGCGCACCCUGUUGCGUCGUCGCCAGCGGUGUCUCGAGAUAGCUCCAUCAACGAUGCGGUCGGCGACGCCGCUGUUGAUGAAGAGACGCAGCCCCUGCCAAGGUUGUCGCACGCAGGGCAUGACGGCAAAACAGCGGUGCCAGCAGGCGGACCGCGUCGACCGCUGCGCGCGGGGAACAAGGAGUCCCGUAGGCAAAAGCAGAUGUCGACCGCCGUGCCGCAGCCACAAUCGGGACCCGGUGUCGCGACCGGAAUGGCCCCGGUCACCGCCGUCGCCGCCUUCAGCACACGCCCGCCCCCGCUCCUCUGCGUGCCGCAGGACCCCAUCAUCGUGGCUCGACAGGUGUGUCACACUACACACACGGUCGUCGCCGAGUCCGCACUUCCUGACCCACCACCGACAGUGAUGCGGCUCGCCGCAUUCUCCUCGGCGAAGGGGUCGAUCACGGAUCCGUGUGUGGUCGCAGCGGUGCUUCCCAUGGCGGCAGGUGCGGCAGCCCAUGCUGUCGGCCCUGCUGUGCCGCACGGCGGCCGGGUGAAGGGCACGGCGGCCCCAUCUACAGCUGGUCCUCCAACGGUGGUGUCGUCCCGUUCGAUGCCGCCGCCGCCGUCUGAGGAGGAUCAGCAGCUCAGCCGUCGCGGUUUGCGCUUUGGUGCUGCCCCGUUCUACCCUGCGGCCACCGUCAGCCUCAUCCUCGCCAUGGCCCCCGACGCAGACUCCAACGGCGGUGACGCGUCACUCCCAUCGCUCGCAGCCGCCGUACCCAGCCCACAGUCGUUGCUGGGGAGCUACAGCAUGUCGCCGGCACGGUCCCCGCCGCUAGUGCACCAGACUUCCUCGCCGCUGGGGGACAGCAGGCAGAACCACAGUCGAAGCAGUACCGGGGGCCCCAUGAGCAGACAGAGCACCUUUGUGGCAGAGUUGGCGGCGGCAACAGAUACGCCAUGGACGUCCACUGUUAUCGCCCCGUCUCACGCGUCGCCGCCAUCAUCGAUAGGGCGGGAUGACACGGACGGGGACGGCCCCAGCAGCGGCACACCUUCUGUGCCGGUCAAAUCGCCGGCGCAUGGAGCUGCCACCGCGGCGAGUUACAGCAGCAACACAGAGAUGCAGAACGUCGUGGGGGAUCGGCCUUCCAUGCGGCGCAGUGCACUGAUGGUGACAAACACAGCCACGGGUGCGUGCGUGUCCCCGGCGACCGUGACCACGCCGUCCGGCUCGCCGACCGCACUGUGGAGCGGCAGCGGCGGUAACGGACCGCCGAUGCGAACGAGUGGGCACACCAGUGGCGCCAGCUCUAUCACCGCCCCUGCCGCCACCACUUCCCCCGGUGGCGCUGGUCAUCACUCCGCCACUCAUUCGGGCAGCACACCCCAGGGCGUCGUUGUACGGGAGUUCCCUCAGGCUCCGUACCCAGUCGUGAACCGAACUACAGAGCUUCAUCAAUCACAGCAGCAGCACUCCAUGCGCAGCCCGCGGUUGAUGAGUGAGAGCGACCUGGACUGCGUCCAGCACAAUCGUGUGCCAGUGUCCGACGUCGUCGCCAAGGACGAGGGCACCCUCGUCGACACCCUCUUUGCCGACGUCAACAUGAUCGAAGACGACGAGAGUGAGGUAGACGGCGAUGAUCUGCUGAGCAGCCGUGGUGGGGGUGAACGCUGGACCAUGCAGCCUGCGCCGUCUCCCGUAGCUUCCAGUAACGGCUCGCCGCUUGUUGCCUCGUCGCCUGUUGUCCGCACGCCGCACUCGAUGAACCAGCAGCUGCAACACCGCUCCGGGUCCUUUUCGGCCGGAGUACGGAUGCUCGGCAAGGAGGCCGGCGGGCAGGUCUUUGGUGGGGGGUACUGGUAUCCCUCCGGUCUUUGGGCCAGCACGGACGCGACUGGUCGAGGUAGCGGCAGCGGCGGUACCGGCACAGGGUCGUACCGCGGUGGCGGCGGCGAUGUCAAGACCACUCUUGCCGCCGCCGUUACCGCAAGCAUCGGCAGUGGCAGCGGUGCGGCGGCGUGGCGUGGGUUGUCCACCCCACCGCACCGGCAUCGGGGCUUCUCUGCGAGCUGCGCCAGUGUUGCGUCCACCAUGUCGCUCAUCGACCCGAAGCAGCCGCAGGCGGAGGGCGCCGCGUACGACAUGAUGGGCGAGGAUGAUGAGUGGGAAAUGAACAGCAGUGCCUACGCCGACAGCCUCGACGAGGCGCAGAUCCAGUGGAUCGAGGAGCAGCUUAGGGCGACGGAGAACCCGGCAGGGUACUUCUAA